UUUCGCGUCACACAAUCAAUCAUUUUUAUAUAUAUCAAGUUCCAUAUAUUUACCUUUUAACUUCAGCGAUACUUCACACAGCGCGCCGAUUAACAAAUUAUCCCAAUCCAGCAUCAACCGAUGGUCAGGCAACUCUUUCUCAGCGACGCUGUCGCCGCCCUACACAAAACUGCCCAUCCAUGAAUCCCUCUGAGAACUAUCAAGCAUGCCCAACUCCAGUACACAGACCGUGGUCGCCAUAGACUACGCUCAGACACCUUCACGACAUCUGCAUUCCGACACCCAUCAAAUUCCCAAUUCACGCCCCUCCCCAAUUCUCACACACCACACACCUGCCCGCAUUGCGCAACCAGAAUUCGCGGAGCUUUUGACACCUCUCAAGUUCCGAAGACGCAAGCUUCAACCGAGACCAGAUCAGCAACCUACUUCUCUCCCUCUUGUCGCUGGUCCUUCUCGUUUAGGAUACUAUACUCUUGAGGGGGAUUUAUAUCGAGGCUCCGCUUAUGACCCCACCCAACCUCCACCGGCAAAUGCCACUGCACAGGUUGACGAUGAUGCAAUAUCGCUAGAGACGGGGAGCACCACGAGCUCUACCUCGAACUGGUCUUGGGGUUCGGGUAAUUUUGAUCGGGCAAUGGCGGUAAUUGGGCGAGUUGGAGAAGCUCUAGGUGUUCGUCGAGGUAGCGCAGGCUCUUCUUCCUCGGAUUCAUCAGCAGGUAGCUCGGAUAUGGAGAGUCUCAAAUCUCAAGCCACAGCACCGAGGAAAGGUAGAAAGAGAAGAGGGAGUUUUAUGUCCGGUCUUAGUCGGCAGGCGUCUCGAGGAGGUGCGGAAGGGGUCAAAGCGAAGCACAAAAGGGAGCAGUUGCCGAAGAGAAGACAGUUCACACUGCUGGUACCUCCACCUGCAUUACCAUCUGGAGAUGUGGAUAUCGGUAUUCCAUCGACGAUAGAUCCACAUGUCUUUGCUGAAACCGAAAAACUCCCUGGGGAUCGAAAGGGAGACAAAAACUAUCCCCCAGACCGAGUCAUCACAACCCCCUCCCUGCCUACCGUUCUCGACAAAAUCCAAUCAGUUCGACUAUCAAGUGGCUACUCUGGUAUCCCCAGUUCCGUAGGCAACACUCCACCUCAAACGCCAGGUGCUUUCCCAUCUAGUCCAACCCCGAAUUUUGCAUCGCGUGUUCCUGUCAGAAGAGGGGGUUCUGCUCCGGGGAGAAGUCGGAAAUCCGCUGGAUUCGUUAAUCCUCCUGUCCCUCUCCUACCACAAACUCAAUCCAGAUUGCAGUGCCGAUCCCAAUCUGCGGCGUCUUCUCGCACGGCAACACAAUCACGACUCCAUACAUUAAGAGGUGCGGCCGAAUCGCUCUCUCCUAUCAGGCCGAAAUCCGUCUCUGAUUUAUUAGGCUUGAAGUUCGAUGCGGAGUCUAUGAAAGAAGGGACGGCGCUGAUGGAGAGCAAAGUCGGGUUGGAGUUGAAGGGAAAGUCGAAAUCAAAAGGAUGUUGGUGGUUAGACGUUUCUUGCCCUACAUGGGAAGACCUAAGAGAAAUCGGCGAGUUACUCAGUCUUCACCCCCUGACACUGGAAGAUGUCCUCCAACAAGACCCACGCGAAAAACUUGAGCGGUUCGAUAAACUCGGUUAUUACUUCCUCGUCAUUCGCGCUCUCGAUGAAAACUAUUUCAAAUAUACUCCCGGUUCUUCUAUAUCAUCUCCAUCGGUCCAGAGCGGGAACAGCAACGGCAAAGGGGGUGAUACCCAAACACCCAAGUCGACUCCGUCAGAAAAAGAGCUUAUCGACGAGAAAGAAGGUCUCAGUCAAGGAAUGGAUGAUAGGAGCGGCAAUAAUAGGAAUGAGGAUGGGAAUGAGCAACGACAGGAUAUCGAAGGACUAGAGUAUAAGAAGAGCGAAAGGAGAAGAAGAGGAUGGGGUAUGGGCCGAGCCCAAGGGAAAAUGACGGGGAAAAUGGGUGAAAAGGUGGAAAUCAUCGAAGAUAGACCAGGAAAAGAAGGAUUAGAAGGUGUAGGUGUGGGUGCUGUGAAUGUUUACCUUGUAGUAUUUGCCGAUGGCAUCAUCAGCUUCCAUUUCGAUGACAUUUCCAAACACACCAACCGAGUCCUUGAUCGGGUUCUUACUCUCGCCAACCCAGAUCAUGGCGCUGACUGGAUUGCACACGGUCUCCUCGACUCGAUCGUCGACGCCUUUUUCCCAAUCAUUCGCUAUGUAGAUGGAGCAAUUGAUGAUAUUGAUUCAUUGACUAUUGACCCUACGACAGAUCCCAAGAAAACGACGGCGUAUCUGGGUCUCGGGCUAGGGAAUGUGAUGGCCGGAACAGACGAAGACGGUAGUGAAAGAUUUAAGCAAGGUGGAUUAGGGAAUGGGAAUGAGGGAAAGCGGGACGGUCUCUGGCGGACUCCCGAUCAUUCCGCAACACAACAUAUCUCCGUGCGCAAACGCCUGCGAGCCUCCUUUCCCCAUUUUUACCCUCCUCCCCGAGUCCUCCGCACAUUCACAUACCUACGCCUAUUCCUUCUUCCUACCUCAUCUGCUGUGAAACGCAAACAUGACCAAGCGCCCAAAACGGUUUUCGGCAGAUCGACCAUGCUGAAAAACAUGACGGACAUGAGAAAGCUGGUGACUGGCUUGACGAGGCUGUUGAGUGCGAAAGGAACAGUUAUAGGGAGGUUAAGGAAGAGAGCAAAAGAGGAAGGCGGGACUGUCGAAGCGUAUAUUGGCGACGUCGAAGACCAUAUCCUGCUGUUGCAAAACAGUUUGUAUCACUAUGAAUACAUCCUCUCACACUGCCAACCGGCCUACCUGUCUCAUCUUAAUGUGUCUUAUGCGUUUACGAAAGGGAGAACAGAUCAGGCAAUCUUGGCGCUGUCCGUUGUCGCGAUCUCUAUCCUGCCAAUGCAGUUUAUCACCGGUCUCUUCUCAAUCAACGUCCAUGUCCCCCACAAUGGCUGGAUUCAUUGCCCCACGGACACUCUGUGUGAACCCGACGGUUCUAUGUCUCCCUUCAAUUAUUUUGCGGCGAUCGUAAUUGGCAUCGCGUUGGUGGCUUGUUGCAUGGUUAGCGUUAUACGGUGGUGGAGAUGGGACGCGAGGAAGAAAUUUGGGAGGUUGAGAGGGAUUGAGUUGCCAAACGCUUGGGAUGGAUUCUGGGGAUGGGAGUAGAUGCCGAUAAUGUGGAAAGAGGGCAUAAAGCCAUUAGAAGACGACGUUCAUUGAAAUGAGAAAAUACCGAAAAGGUGAAAGGAAGAUUGCGAAGCGAAGAAGCCGGCGUAAAGUUAAGCACAUUACGAAAGAAGGAUUGGAUUGGUUUACUUACUCAUCGUAGAAACUUCACGAACAUUAUCAUUCCAUCAUAUAAUCAUUUAGAAAAAUGAUUGGGUUUUGUACAUAUUAUAUGCGGCUUUAUAGUUUAUGAACUUCGCACGAUGUCGCAUAUGAUUUGAAGAGCAAAUAUUAACCUGAUAUACCGAGGAUACGCGAGUAAUGGAAUGUCUAUACAAGUGCUUAAAUGGUUCAUAACGUCUUGCUGUUUUACUCACUGGACAAACAAA